AUGAGGGGUUUGAUUAUCUUAGCAGCACUGUGCCUAGCGGCCGUGUGCACUGCUCACGAAGCCGAAGACCAGGCGGUCGCCGCUAGCCACAAGCACGGCGGCCACCACGAACAUGGUGGUGGACACGAACAUCAUGCCCAUCAUCACCACGAACACGGUGGCAAAGGAGGCAAAGGACACCAUGGUCACCACCAUCACCACAAGGGAGACGAAGGUCACUACGGCAAGCACCAUCAUGAAGGACAUCAUCACGAAGACGGUGGUGGCCACAAGAAACACUGGGAUGAGCACGAUCACCACGGCGAGCAUCAUGAACACGGACACCACCACAAGGGCGAGAAGCACGGCCACCACGAACACCACGACAAGGGAGAAAAGACUGACGGGUACCACAAGAAAUACCACAAGGAUCACUUCCACAAGGACCAUCACUUCCACGACGGCCAUCACGACGAGGGCAAACAUCAUAAGCAUGGACACCAUCAUGGACAUCAUGAAGAUCAUGGCGGUCACCACAAGAAGGGCGGUCACCACCACUCCGGCCAUCACGAGGGUCACCAUGGUAAACACGGACAUCACGAUCAUCACCACUAUGAUGAGGGACAUCAUGGUCACAAGGGGCACCACGGACAUGAUGAACACCACCACGGCCACAGCGGCCACGGCAAGAAGGGUGGCCAUCACGACCACAAAGACUGGGGCUUCCACCAUGGAAAACACUAA